AUGCAGCUCGUAGCUGAGCGGCCCCUGACGGACGAUGAUCUAUGGAAACUAGAAGCGGCCAACCGGACGGAGACGGCGUUCGCCAACUUCCUUACGCACCUGGAGCCGUCCGACGGCUCGCUGUUUCGUGCCGUGGCCCGCAUCUACGGCACAAAGCUGGCCGUCUGCGGUGCCGCAUCCUUGAUAUCUGCAGCGUGCGGCCUGUUCGCACCGGUGGUGCUGCACCACGUCAUUGAAGCUUUCGCAGCGCCAGCCACCGACCUGCGGGACUUGAGUGUCUGGCUGGGGCUUUUCUUCGCCUCUCGACUGGCGAACGCUCUGGUGUCGGCCCACGUGGCGUACUACCUCGACGUACUUGGGCUGCGCCUUACUGCCGCGUUGAAGGCUCUUUUGUUCCAGAAAACACUGCGUCGGAACGCAGCGAGGGCCGACUCGAGCGCAGCCGUCGACAUCUCGAACCUGUUCACGUUGGACGCCAACAGCGUCUCCACUGUUGCGCACUACAUCAACAGUGCGUGGAUCCUGCCGAUCCAGAUCGGCGGCGUGGUCUAUCUGCUUUACUGGGCCAUUGGCGCCGCGGCCUUCGCUGGCCUGGGCGUGAUCGGGGCCUCGACACUCGCUGGGAUGUUCGUGGGGAAGGUGAGUGUCGACGCGUUCAGGGAAAUGAUGCGGCAGCGAGACGGACGAAUGAAGGCCAUCAAGGAAGUGUUUGGGGUCAUGCAAGUCGUCAAGCUUAACGCGUGGGAGGGUAAAUUCGCAGAGCGUAUUGCAGACCGCCGAGCGACGGAGAUGAAGGCCCAGCGGUCCUUCCUGCUGACGUGCUCUCUCGAGGAGCUGGUGGUGUGGGCGUCGCCCUUGAUGGUGUCUAUUGUCUCGCUGGCUGUAUAUUCGGUGGGGAUGGGGCAGCCUCUCACUGCAGCCAAGGUGUUCACGGCUCUCGCCCUCUUUAACGCACUACGCGGCCCGUUGCAAGAGCUCCCCAGCGUCAUCCAGGCAUGUCUUCACUCCAAAGUCGCGCUGGAUCGUAUUACAGAAUACCUAUCUCACGCGGACUACAACGCAUCGAAUGUACUGAGAGAGGAUCCAUCGCAUGCAGAAGACGUCGCUGUAUCGGUCGAGAAUGGGAGCUUCGGGUGGAAAGCAGACUCUCCGGUCUUGGCCAACGUAAAUAUUACCAUCAAGCGAGGAGAUCUGGUGGUUGUCCGCGGAGCUGUGGGGGCUGAUAACGGCGUCGUUCAGGGUGAAAGACGCGAGUCAAAGCAGCGUCGGAGUUCCUAUUCCAAGCACCAGACAGCUUCUAACAUCGAUGCACCUGAGAAGAGCGAACGCCGGAUUGACAAGGAAAAUGGUUCUACGGGACAGUUUGUGGAGGACGAAGCGAGGCGGGAAGGACGAGUCGCGAGCGAAGUCUUCUGGGCUUACUUCAAGGCGUUAGGCGGGAUGAAAAUCGAUCUCUGGCUCAACCACUGGACCAGCGAAGGUCUGGAGAUCGACGACGAAAUCACUAAGAGGAACGUCAUCGUUUACGCGCUACUAGGCGGCGGUGGAGCGCUUAUGGUUCUGGUUCGAUCCGUUUGCGUCGUGUUGGUCGGGCUCGGGGGAGCUAGAUACCUCUUUGGAGCCAUGACGGACGCGCUGUUGCGUGCUCCCAUGCGAUUCUUCGACACGAACCCCAUCGGCCGAAUCGUGAACCGCUACGCGACCGACAUGGGCUCGAUCGAUUUCCGUAUGCCGUUGAUCUACGGUGGAUUUCUUGCGGACUUCUUCGUCGCCGUGUGCCAGUUGGCAACAGCAGCGUAUAUGGUAAAUUUCUUGGGUCUCCUCGUAAUUCCUCUCGCUUGGAUCUAUGUCAAGGUGGCGAACUUUUACUUGUCCUCGUCAAGCGAAAUCACCCGCUUGCAGCGAGUCGUAUCUUCCCCCGUCUUGAGUCUUGUCAGUCAGUGUGAAGAAGGAGCUGCUGUGAUUCGAGCGUUUGGUCCGGACUGUGUCUCUCGGAUGACGAACACGAUGUUCCAGCGCAUCAACAAGUACAACAAGUUGGUCGGCUGUGCUGUUGUCGUUGGCAUUGUGUCGUCGCUGGUGUAUCUCCGAGCCUUCCUGUCGCCAGGACUGGUGGGGUUGGCCUUCACCUACGCUCGCAACGUCGACGGAGGCCUGGCCAACAUUGUCCGGCAAUGGUCGUAUGUGGAGAUCAUUAUGGUUAGCCCUGAGCGCGUGAUGGAGUACGCUUCGCUCCCUCCAGAGGGCAAGCACAACAUGCUCAUACAAGUCGAACCUGCUGCAGGAUGGCCGCGUGGUGGGGCGGUUGUGUAUGAUAAUGUCGUCUUCAGCUACAAGGAGAGCGGAGAUGAAGCGGUGCUGAAGAACGUCUCCUUCAGCAUCAAGAGUAACAAGAAAGUCGGCGUCUUACGGUGCAUGGGUCGCGCGCUGCUCAGCCGCAGUCGCAUCGUGGUGAUGGAUGAAGCUACUGCGGCAAUCGACCACGCCACCGAGCAACGGCUGCAGGAAAUGAUCACCCGCGAGUUUCAAGACGCCACCGUGCUGACAAUCGCCCACCGUCUUGCGACAGUGCUGGAAUCCGACCGCAUCUUGGUGCUAAACGAAGGUGAAGUCGUGGAAUUUGACACGCCCCAGAGUCUCGUGAAGGAUUCUGAAGGCGUAUUCUAUGAGCUGGCGAAAGAAGGCGGAUAUCUACACAAAUUGCGUGCUUAA